AUGUGGCUUCGGCGCUACGUUGAGGGUCAGGUGGAUAGGACACACAAGCUUCUGUCGCCGCGUUACCUUCUCUUCGUGCAGUUCGCUUGGGUUAUACCCUAUUUGUUGGUGAGUUGGGUUGAUUUUUGAGGACAGGGGUUUUAUACAAUAAUUUUGUGUUAUUACGCAAUAUAUUACCUAGGCAAUAUUAUACUUGAAUACUUUUUAAAUAUUUUUUAAAACAACUUAAUUAAGAAUCCUUAUCAAGUCCUGACCUUCUAAUUUGCAGUUUUCAAAUUACCUAGAAAGAUCGUUGUUGCCAUUUCGUCUUGUAUGUUACACAGAAUCCCAGUUCCUUGAAGUCCAGCGACCAGUCCGAGAAGAUCGUCAAGAAUGUAUCAAAUACUUUUUUCCUGAACGCAAUGCCGACCCUGGCUGUAACUUCAACCUCAAAGUGAAUCACCUUCUGAAGCCACCGAAGCACAAACUCGAGAAUCUGGAGCGGGUUAUGGUGAUCCGAACCGCUCCCAACGCCCACGCCUACCGUAACUACAUCCGCGACACUUGGAAACCAUUAGUGGAGCAAUGGAUGCCAGUACUAUUCGUGAGUGGUACUGACAACGGCGACAUGACUCCAGAACACGAACAGCACGGUGACAUUCUACAGUUUGACUUUGUAGACUCAUAUCAGAAUCUGACGAUGAAGAUGAUGUCCAUCUACAGGUUCGUGUUGGAAGAAACGUCAGCUGAACAGAUUGUCGUCAUAAAUGAUGACACCAUAGUCAACGCGACGUCUUUGAUGAGGGUUUGUGACGAACAGAUGUUCAACUCCGACGCCAUCCAAGGCUACAUCCUGGGGAAGGUAUCUAGGGGGUACCCGAGGUUGUUCUUCCCAUGGCUACCAUGGUACGUGUCGUCGGAGACGUAUCCACACAAAUGUUAUCCACCUUUUGUACAAGUAAGUCGACGUUUUGUGGCGUUUGCAGUCUAAUAUAGUAUCUUUUACUUCAUUUUUGGCAACUUCAUGUAACUUUUUUCAAAUUAAAAAAAUAUUUUUUAAAUUUUGAACUAACAAUACCGUCCCAGGGCUCCAGCUUCGUGAUCUCAAGGCCCGCCGCGGCUUCAAUCCUGAAUCAUAUCUGCGAAUUCCCAUUCGUGCAUCUCGACGACAUUAUGAUGGGCAUCGUGUCCAAUUGUUUAAACAUUCGCAACGUUCAUCGCGACGGGUUCGACCAACACUACUUAGACCAGUUUACCGUAUUCCAUUAUCAGUAUGCUCGUUACAGUACGCAGGAAAUGCGGGAUUCUUUUUCGCAAAUAAAACACGAUUUGUAUUCUCUUCGAUAG